CCCGGCGGCGACGGCUCCUGGCGGCCGCUCGGGGUUGCCGGUCGGACGGGGAGGGCGCCCGUGGGACAGUGUCAUCCCCUUGGAAAGAUGGUUCUUCAUUUCAACUUCCUUUUUGGCUUCCCUGUUAUACUCCUGUACCACUGGAUGGGUUCAACUGUGUCUUUGAAUCUGGAAGAUCCCAAUGUUUGUAGCCACUGGGAAAGUUACUCAGUUACAGUGCAAGAGUCAUAUCCACAUCCUUUUGAUCAGAUUUACUACACCAGUUGUACUGACAUCCUAAACUGGUUUAAGUGCACACGGCACAGGAUCAGUUACCGUACUGCUUAUAGACACGGUGAGAAAACGAUGUACAGGCGCAAAUCCCAGUGCUGCCCUGGAUUCUAUGAAAGCAGGGAAAUGUGUAUCCCUCACUGUGCUGAUAAGUGUGUCCAUGGCCGUUGUAUUGCUCCCAACACCUGUCAGUGUGAGCCUGGCUGGGGAGGACCCAACUGCUCUAGUGCCUGUGACAGCGACCACUGGGGACCCCACUGCAGCAGCCGCUGCCAGUGCAAGAACGGGGCCCUGUGCAACCCCAUCACGGGGGCCUGCCACUGCUCUGCGGGCUUCAAGGGCUGGCGCUGCGAGGAGCGCUGCGACCCCGGCUCCUACGGCAACGACUGCCACCAGAAGUGCCAGUGCCAGAACAGAGCCACCUGUGACCAUGUCACCGGCGAGUGCAGGUGUCCCCCUGGAUACACUGGCGCCUUCUGUGAGGACCUGUGUCCGCCCGGGAAGCAUGGCCCACAAUGCGAGGAGAGGUGCCCGUGCCAGAACGGAGGCGUUUGUCACCACAUCACCGGGGAGUGCUCCUGCCCGCCAGGAUGGAUGGGAAUGGUCUGUGGUCAGCCUUGUCCUGAGGGUCGUUAUGGGAAGAACUGCUCCCAGGAGUGCCAGUGCCACAACGGAGGCACCUGUGACUCGGCGACGGGUCACUGCCACUGCAGCCCAGGCUACGCAGGGGAACGGUGCCAGGAUGAGUGCCCCGUGGGGAGCUAUGGGCUGCAUUGUGCAGAGACCUGCAAGUGUGUGAAUGGUGGGAAGUGCUACCACAUCAGUGGUGCAUGCCUCUGUGAGCCAGGGUACACAGGGCAGCACUGUGAAACCAGGCUCUGCCCUGAAGGAAUUUAUGGCCUCAAGUGUGAUAAAAACUGUCCCUGCCACAUGCCCAACACCUGGAGCUGUCACCCCAUGUCUGGGGAAUGCUCCUGCAAGCCAGGCUGGUCUGGGCUGUACUGCAACGAGACGUGUUCCCCAGGCUUCUAUGGGGAGUCAUGUCAGCAGAUCUGCAGCUGCCAGAACGGGGCUGACUGUGACAGCGUCACUGGGAAGUGCACCUGUGCCCCUGGAUUUAAGGGUGCUUCUUGUGGUAGCCCUUGUCUCCCUGGAACAUAUGGAGUAAACUGCUCUUCUGUAUGCAGCUGCAAAAAUGGGGCCACCUGUUCACCUGUGGAUGGCUCAUGUGCCUGCAAAGCAGGUUGGCAUGGUGUGGAUUGCUCCAUAAAUUGCCCCAGUGGCACAUGGGGGCUGGGCUGUAACCUGACCUGCCAGUGUCUUAAUGGAGGGGCUUGUAAUGCUCUGGAUGGAACAUGUACCUGUGCCCCAGGAUGGAGGGGAGAGAAAUGUGAACUCCCUUGCCAGGAUGGUACCUACGGCCUGGACUGCGCUGAGCGCUGUGACUGCAGCCACGCGGAUGGGUGCCAUCCCACCACAGGCUACUGCCGCUGCCUCCCAGGAUGGUCAGGUAUUCACUGUGACAGUGUGUGUGCUGAGGGACAGUGGGGUCCAAAUUGCUCCUUGCCCUGUUACUGCAAAAAUGGAGCAUCCUGCUCUCCAGAUGAUGGAAUCUGUGAGUGUGCACCAGGAUACAGAGGCACCACUUGCCAGAGAAUCUGCUCGCCGGGGUUCUACGGACACCGCUGCAGCCAGACCUGCCCACAGUGUGUGCACAGCAGUGGCCCCUGCCACCACAUCACUGGCCUGUGUGACUGCCUGCCUGGAUUCACAGGAGCCCUCUGCAAUGAAGUAUGUCCCAGUGGCAGAUUUGGGAAGAACUGCGCUGGAAUAUGCACCUGCACCAAUAAUGGGACUUGUAAUCCUAUUGAUAGAUCCUGUCAGUGCUACCCUGGAUGGAUUGGUAGUGACUGCUCUCAGCCUUGCCCACCUUCCCACUGGGGACCAAACUGCAUCCACACGUGCAACUGCCACAAUGGAGCUUUCUGCAGUGCCUACGAUGGGGAGUGCAAGUGCACGCCGGGCUGGACUGGCCUUUAUUGCACACAGAGGUGUCCCCUGGGGUUUUUUGGGAAGGACUGUGCCUUGAUCUGCCAGUGCCAGAACGGAGCCGACUGCGACCACAUCAGCGGGCAGUGCACAUGCCGGACGGGCUUCAUGGGGCGGCACUGCGAGCACAAGUGUCCCCAGGGCACAUACGGGUAUGGAUGCCGCCAGAGCUGUGACUGCCUGAACAACUCCACCUGUGACCACAUCACAGGGACCUGCUACUGCAGCCCAGGCUGGAAAGGGGCCAGGUGUGAUCAAGCUGGUGUAAUUAUAGUGGGAAACCUGAACAGCCUGAGCCGUACCAGCACUGCCCUCCCUGCUGACUCCUACCAGAUAGGAGCCAUAGCUGGCAUCAUCAUUCUUGUCAUGGUUGUACUUUUCCUUCUGGUGCUGUUCAUCAUUUACAGGCAGAAGCAGAAAGGGAAGGAGACACACAUGCCCACAGUGACCUACACCCCUGCUAUGAGAGUCAUCAAUGCAGAUUACACCAUUUCAGAAACCAUCCCUCAUCCCAAUGGUGGAAAUGUCAACAGCCACUAUUUCUCUAACCCCAGUUACCAUACUCUGACUCAGUGCUCCAGCCCACCUCAUGUCACCAACAUGGAAAGACUGACAUUGGCAAAGACAAAAACCAGUCAGCUGUUUGUGAACAUGAAAAAUACAGAGCCUGGAAAACGAAGUGCUGUCAUGGACUACACCGGAACACUGCCAGCAGACUGGAAACACGGUGGCUACCUCAAUGAGCUUGGUGCUUUUGGACUUGACAGGGGAUAUGUUGGGAAGUCCCUGAAAGAUCUGGUGAAGAACUCGGAAUACAAUUUAAGCAAUUGCUCACUGAGCAGCUCUGAGAACCCCUAUGCAACUAUCAAAGACCCGCCAGCGCUGGUGCCAAAGAGUUCAGAAUGUGGCUAUGUGGAAAUGAAGUCCCCAGCACGUCGCGACUCCCCCUAUGCCGAGAUCGCUGGCACUGCCACAGCCAACAAGAAUGUGUAUGAAGUUGAGCCCACGGUGAGUGUUGUCCAGGGCGCGUUCGGCAGCAGCGGUGGGCGCUUUGGCCAGGAUCCCUAUGACCUCCCAAAAAACAGCCACAUUCCGUGCCACUAUGACCUGCUUCCGGUCAGAGGGAGCCCCACGCCCUCCACAAAGGGGGUCAGCAGCAAAUGACCCUGCAAGAACCUGAUGCCUACAACCCUGGGACUCUCAAGGGACAGAGUGGCACGGUCGUGCUCCUUCCUCUCUAGUUUACCAUUUCUCUUGGCUCCUGAUCUGUUUGGCAGAUAAUUGCUGUACGCUAAGCAGAAGGUCUGUAUUGCACAUGCAGCAAGAGGUCUGUAUUGCAUAUACAAAUGACAGAUGGACAAAUGCCACACUCUGGGGAUCCUGAUUAUAUUUCUUUCUUUCUUUCUUUCUUUCUUUCUUUUUCAUGGCAGUAAAUUUUAUAGAAACAGGUGUGCAGCACAUUUAUACUGUAAUAUACUGGCUUAAAAAAAAGUACUUUGCAGGUUAGUCUUGAUAACAUCACAUUUUAGCAACUUCAAAUAUAGGCUUCGUGUCUGUCACGUUCCAGAGUAGUAAUAUUCCCAGGACAGUGCAAUUUACCAAAUACCACUUUGUACAGGUGAUCUGAUUCACCAGUUACUCACUAGUGGAAGGAAAACUGCCUUGCCAAAUUUUAGCUUCCAUUCUUAUCUUUAGUCAAGACAUAUUACAAAAAACAAGAUCUGCUGGGGAUAAGGAAGCAGUGUUGCAGUUGUUUGGGAAAUCCAUCAUCAGGCUUUGCUGUCCAUUGCAGGUGGUGGAUAUACUUGGCUUGAAUAGUUCUGGAGAUAAAAUAACUGCAUACAUCAGUAUUUACGUGAUGCUUCAAGAUCUCUUAGUACUGCAGACCCAGCACCAGUCUUCAACAAGUAUUCUGCUACAGUUCAGCUUCAUACGUUGCAGUUCUGACCACUAUUUCUGCCACUCACAAAUUAAUAAUCCACAACGUAUCAGUUAUUACUUCAAAAAAUAUGUAAAUUGAAUCAGUUUAUUUUUGUCACCAUGGACUGAUUAUGUAAGGAGUGGACAAAGGUGAUGACUUCUGUAAAUCGUAACUGCAAGGAAUGGUUUACAUUUUAUAAAAAGGUAGUAAUAAUGACUGUAAUAUCGGAUAAAGAUAGUAAAGUGUUCUUUUUUUUCUUCGAAAUAACUAAGCAAACUGUGCAUACUUGCUAAAAAGGCACCUUUUUUAUAGUUGACGUAGGGAAACACAUGCUUAAGCUGGUCUUUUGCAUUGCUAAUUAUGUCACACAUGUACCCCCCCCACCUUCAUUAACUUCUGUCACCAUUUUUACGCUGUGUAUCUGUGUUUUUAGUGAACUAGCUUGUAACUGCAAAAAAUAUUCUAGUGUGUGUGUCCAUUUCUUUUGCAUUUUUGCCAACUGGCCUUUAUUUUGUCCAGUUCAAGGGACCUCCGGACAGAGCAGGAGGAUUGAAGUAAGAAUUCACAGUGAUGUCUAUCAGAGGCAAUUAAAAAAUAGAUUCAGAUAAUUCAGGGGAAGAAAAUCAA